AUGAUUUUGCAAAUUGGACUGGCUGUAUUAAUAGCUUUUCUUAUAUGGAAAUUCAUAUUUAAUGAAGAAGAAAAUCCAGUGGACCGACUUCCAGGACCGCCGAAAUGGCCUGUCGUUGGAAACGCAUUUAAUUUCAUUGGGGUGUCUAACGUUGACCUCUUUUAUCGGACGCUCGAGUAUCCAAAAAAGUACGGCCACCGAUACGUAAUCAAGGUGUUCAAUCGGCGUAUUUUGCAUAUUUACGACGUAGAGGAUAUAGAGAUUGUAUUAUCACAUCCCAGGAAUGUUAGAAAAACUAAGCAAUACAAAUUCUUUCAGCCAUGGCUUAGGACUGGAUUGUUAAUAGCUACAGGUAACAAAUGGCAUCAACGUCGAAAAAUUUUAACCCCAACAUUCCAUUUUAAUAUACUUAAGAAUUUUUCAAAAGUGUUUGAAGAGAAAAGCCGUGAUCUGGUUCAUAGACUAAAACAAAAGCCUGAAGAAUACGUGGACGUUUUAUCUGUUAUCAGCGAUUUCACACUUUACAACAUUUGCGAAACGGCAAUGGGAAUCCAACUGGAUUAUGACAAUUCUAAAAGUAGCGUUGAAUACAAAGAGUCGAUCAAAGAAAUUGGUAACCACAUAGUAAAUCGUAUUAUUACAUUUUGGCUUCAAGUCGAUUUAUUUUUUUAUCAGACGCCAUUGGGAAAACAUUAUGUUAAAUGCUUGAAUAAAGUCCAUUCAUUUGCGGAUAGUGUAAUUAUGGAGAGAAAGAAGAAAAUGAUGAGUCAAGAAGAUUAUUCAGUGAUACAGAAUUUGGAUGACAAUGCUAACAACGGAACUAAGAAGCGACUGGCCUUAUUAGAUUUCUUACUUGAAGCAGAAAAAAAAGGAGAAAUAGAUUUUGAAGAAAUUCGUGAUGAAGUAAACACGUUCAUGUUUGCAGGCCACGACACUACCGCCAUGGCUCUGACACAUUGUCUAAUGCUGUUAGCUAACCACGAAGAAGUACAGGAGAAAAUUUACGAAGAAUGUAAAACUAUAUUUGGUGAUUCCGACCGAACGCCUAGUUGGUCCGAUUUAGCUGAGAUGAAAUAUAUAGAAGCGACCAUUAAGGAGGCAUUACGGCUCUACCCUAGUGUACCAUUCUAUGGAAGAAAGGUCACUGAAGAUUUUAUGCUCGGUGACUUACUAGUAAAGAAAGGUGUUGAAAUACAAUUACACAUCUAUGACUUGCAUCAUCGUGAGGACAUCUAUCCGGACGCAGAGGCCUUCAAACCAGAACGGUUCCUCAACGGAGAAGUUCGCCAUCCGUAUGCAUAUAUACCGUUCAGUGCUGGACCGAGGAACUGCAUUGGUAGGCGAUUUGCGAUGCAGGAAAUGAAAUGUGCCCUCAGCGAGAUCUGCAGACACUUCAGACUGGUCCCGAAAACGAAAGGGGCCCGACUAACGCUUAAGGCCGAUAUUGUACUGCGAUCUGUAAAUCCUAUAUAUGUUAAAUUUUUACCGCGUUAA